CGUGUGGUCCCGCAGCUAAACAAACAUGGCGCGGCGCAACAAGCGUGCACGUGUGGACGAAGAUGCCGAAAAUGCCGUCGAAACGCAAGAACGGUUACCUCCGGUCACCAGGAAAUCAGAUGAACCCCCGGAGAAGAAGGUAGAAAACCUUACGAUUUUUACAAGUGGGAUCAACAAGCAGCGUGUCAUGAUCUUCGCAUCGAGGGGGAUCACGUUCAGAGACAGGCACUUGAUGCUUAACCUUCGCACUCUGCUGCCUCAUUCAAAGCCGGAGUCCAAGAUGGAGAAAAAGGACCCCCUUGUAGUCAUAAACGAAAUAUGUGAAAUGAAGAACUGCAACAAGUGCUUAUACUUUGAAAACAAGAAGAGGAAAGAUCUCUAUUUGUGGGCAUCCAACGUACCGAAUGGACCGUCUGUCAAGUUCCUUGUUGAGAAUAUUCACACGAUGGAGGAGCUGAAGAUGACAGGGAACUGCCUCAAAGGCGCACGACCACUCCUGUCCUUCGACAAGGCGUUCACUGAGAGCCCAUUUGGAAAGUUGAUGAAGGAGUUGCUGUCACAGGUUUUUGGUACACCCAGGUACCACCCCAAAAGCCAGCCCUUCGUAGACCACGUGUUCACCUUUUCGCUGCUGGACCACCGGAUAUGGUUCCGCAACUACCAGAUCGUAGAGGAGACUGGCGCCCUAGUCGAGAUUGGCCCCCGGUUUGUGCUCAACCCAAUCAAGGUCUUCGAGGGCAGCUUUGGAGGAGCUGUGAUCUACAGCAACCCUCAUUACGUGACACCAAGCGAGCAUCGGCGCUCCUUGAAAUUGGCCGCUGCCGGCAAGUACAAGGAAAGAAAAGAGGCCAGGGCAAACCUCAAGCAUCGCAUGGCAGAAGGUCCAGCACCAUCCAAUCCGCUGGACGACAUCUUCCAGACCGUUCCUCCCGAGAAAGCGAAGGGACGAGACAAGCUAUUGUUUCGACGGAAAAAAUAGCCACUUCAAUAUAUCUGU